ACCGUAGGAUCUAGGGCGACAAUCACUGAAAAUAAAGUCGCUUUUAUAUCCUCACUCCAUCGUCCAAAACCCUUCUUCUCUGCUUCAGCCUCCGCGUUGCCAAGCAGCAUCCACACUCUAAACCCUAGGAGAGAGAGUGGGAGAGGGAGAAUAAAAAAAAUGGUUCAGCGGCUCACAUAUCGGAAACGGCACAGCUAUGCCACGAAGUCGAACCAGCAUCGGGUCGUCAAAACUCCCGGAGGAAAGUUGGUUUACCAGACCACAAAGAAGAGAGCUAGUGGCCCUAAAUGCCCUGUUACUGGCAAGAGGAUUCAAGGGGUUCCUCACUUGAGACCUGCUGAAUAUAAGAGGUCAAGAUUGUCAAGAAACAGGAGGACUGUGAAUCGGGCUUAUGGUGGUGUAUUGUCUGGUGGUGCUGUCAGAGAAAGGAUUAUUCGUGCCUUUCUGGUUGAAGAGCAAAAGAUUGUGAAAAAGGUCUUGAAGAUUCAAAAGGCAAAGGAAAAGCAAGCCUCAAGAAGUUGAGAUAGAAAUGUCCAGUGAUUUGGAGGAUUUGUCGAAACAGCCAAUGUUAGUGAUUCAUGGAAAAUAUUAAGGGGAUCCCAAUUCGAAUAUGUAUUUUGUUUUGGCUCUUGUGAACCAUGGUUUCUUAGCUUUGUCCACAAAUUAUGCUGCAAUUUUGUUCCGCUUUAUCAUUUCUCUGUUGUGCUGUCUUGAACUAUUUGCUUGGAUGACUGUGCAAUGACAUAUUUCUUGGAUACUGCAAUUACUUUGUUCUAUUAA